AUGGCAGCAAACCUGAAAAUCAACCUGCAGGACAUGGUUUUCCGACCUAAAAGUGAGAAGCUUGUGCAUGUCUUGGAAUUAGCAAAGCCUUGCAUUGCACAGGGAGAGGAGAGUCCUUAUCUGUGUGUUACAGCAGCCAGUGAUGAAGAGCUUUUGUGGAUUUAUGGUACUUUGGAAUAUCCCCGUUUCCCUGAAGAGCUGCUUUUGUGCUUUGGUUCAUCGGAUUUGUUUUUUACCAAAAAAAAAGAUGUGAAAAUCACCUAUCUAAUCACUGCUGAGAAGAUAACAGGCAUCUGCUACAAUAUCAAUGGAGUGUGGUUGGUGAAGGAUCUAACAGUGAUAGAUGGAAAAGAGGCUAUGCAAGAUAACCCCAGAUUUGACAUGCACUUUGAACAAGUUCAUACCUGGGAAGCCUUCAGCACUGCUGCCAAGUAUGCCUUUGUGCGCUGUGUGAGAGAACUGAGUAAAACCACCUAUGGGAGGGAUGUUGAGUUUGUGAAUUUUGAUAAUGAUUUCCUAAGAGAGACUGGUCACUUCUACAUAACAGAAGAUAUAAUGCUGACCUUGAAACUUUGUCUACAGGGACUGAACUGUGCAUGCUUUUUGGGAUGUGUUUAG